AUGACGAUCCCUUCAUAUCGUACACUUAAUUCAGGUCACAAAAUACCAAGUAUUGCAUUGGGUGUCUAUCAGACACCGCCACACGAGACUGCAGCAGUGGUGUUUGCCGCCUUAGAAAGUGGAUAUCGGCACAUUGAUUGUGCACAGUUUUAUGAAAAUGAGGAGGAAGCAUGCCGAGGUAUAGCAAAAUGGAUUGCCAAAGACCCCAGCAGAAACAAGAGAGAGCAUGUCUUCUACACGACUAAGAUCUUUGACCCAGAUCACGGUUACGCAAGGACAAACAAAGCCAUUGAACUUUCACUUGAGAGAGCAAAAGAAAUUGGUUACAUUGAUCUACUCUUACUUCAUUCUCCACAGUCUGAUUACGAGAGAAGACAUGGUUCGUGGAUGGCGUUUCAGGAGUUUGUAGAAUCAGGUAAAGUCAAGAGUAUCGGCGUUUCCAAUUAUGGUAUUAAACACCUCAAGGAAUUACUUGAAUACCCUGACUUGAAAACCAAGCCAGCAGUGAACCAACUCGAACUUCAUCCAUGGUUGACAAGGAAUGAUUUGACCGCGUACACUGCGAACCAGGGUCUACUAGUGGAAGCUUAUACCCCGUUGGUAAGGGCUAGGAAGAUGGAUGAUCCCACCCUGCUCAAAGUAGCAGAGGACCAUAACAGAACACCUGCACAGAUCCUCAUCAAUUGGUCGCUUUCCAAGGGGUUUAUUCCUCUUCCAAAGACCGCCACAGUUUCAAGAUUGGCAUCUAACUUGAGGCCAUGCAAUUCCAACUAUCUAAAAAACAGGUUGACACCCUAG